AUGAAGACAAUUAGAUUAAAUUCAGGAAAUAAGAUUGCGGAAGUGGGACUCGGGUGCUAUGACAUUCCUAAUUCAAUGACCAAGCAAAUUGUGUUUCAAGCAUGUCAGACAGGUUAUAGACAUUUCGAUACUGCAGUUCUCUAUGGUAACGAACAUGAAGUCGGACAGGGAAUUUACCAAUGGCUUGAGAGUAGCAAGGAUCACAAAAGAUCCGACGUAUGGUACACAACUAAAUUAUGGAACAGCCAAUGUGGAUACAAGCAAGCCAAAGCAGGUAUAAAACUGUGUCUUGAAAAAGUAGCUGACUUACAAUAUAUUGAUAUGCUAUUGAUCCACUCUCCUCUCUGCGGCCCAGAAGAUCGGUUAAAUACAUGGAAAGCGUGCCAGGAAGCUGUGGAUGAAGGAAUUGUUAAGAAUAUAGGUGUUUCUAACUACGGAAAGCAUCAUAUUGAGCAAUUAUUGCUGUGGGAAGGGUUAAAAUAUCCACCAGCGGUAAAUCAGAUAGAAAUCAGCCCAUGGUGCAUGAGGCAAGAGUUGGCCCAAUGGUGUUUGCAGCAAAAUAUUCAUGUAGAAGCAUAUGCUCCCUUAACGCACGGCUAUAGAUUAUCGCAUCCUCCGACCGACUUCAUUCCUAUUUUGGAAAAAUACAAUAUCGAUAUGGCUCAACUCUUGAUCAAAUGGUCGUUGCAAAAAGGAUAUAUCCCCCUCCCUAAGACCAAGACUCCCUCAAGAUUGAAGACAAAUAUUGCGUUGAAUUUUGAAUUGACUGAUGAAGAAAUUUCAACCGUUGAUCAGCCAGAUGCGUAUGAUCCUACCGAUUGGGAGUGUACUGAUGCCCCAUAA